GGCUAUCUGGAUCAGAGGUAUAUAUAUAUUUUAUGUAUACACGUUUCUUACACAGAAAUAAUUUUCUCGCAUGAUUUAUAUGUUGGCACUUGUAGUUGUCAACGCAAAUGCUGAUGUGUUAACAAAACAAGUAGGAAAACAUAUAUCACGUUGCCAUUUUUUUUGUUGCUAAAACAUUUUUACCUUACUUCUGCGUUUAGAUGCUUAACAAUGACUCAUAAACCGGUGACAAAAACAUUGUCAGUAGCUGCGGAGGAAUUUGUUCCUAGUUAUAAAAUACCCCUCUCAAGUACCUUAUCAGCAGAUGUACCAGAAUUUGUACCCUUGUGGAAGUCCUCUGCUGAAUUAAAAAACAGGGGAAGGUUUGCACAAAACAAGAAGAAGAAGAAUAUAUCAGCUCAACCAAGUGGUGAAUCAGAUGGGAUUGUGAAACCUAGCCCAAUCAACACAACAUUGUCACAUCCUGUAAAAUCAUCUGGUGUUGAUUCACAAAAAGUAAAAAAGCAAUUAAUACAUAGUUUCUCUAAAGAAUCUGAUCAAGCUUGGACUAAGAAGGCUUUCAACACCAGUAGCAAUAACCAGAGUAUUAGGAAUCAAACUCACAAGAAGAAGUCCGAGACUGUCAAAGAUAGCAAUGUUGAUAGUAAGAAGCCAACGCUAUCUUGGAGUGCAAUUGUGCAACAGCCUGUCAUAGGAAGUAAUAAAACUCAAAAUGUCAGAGGGGUAAAUCGUAAUCAAUGCAUGGAAGAGGCAAAAACAAAAAUAAAUCAAGUCAAAGCAAAAUCUACCCAUGAUUUAGAUGAAAAACAAAGUAUUGAAAAAGGGAAAAAACAACCUAAAGUGGAUUGGUUCAGUGUUAGUGAAAAAAAACAAUCCGAGAUUAAACAAAUUCCCUUGUCAUUCAAGAAAGGUAUAUCUAUGGGUAAUAAAGAAAUCAGUGGGAAGUCUCAAAAAGAAGAUUCUGUUUUAUUAAAAAGUUUAAGUACUGAAAAUUCUAGCGUAGCUGCUGUCAGAAAUAAUCACAGGGUUAAAACAAAGGAAUCAGCAAAAGAUGGGGAAAACAAAAAAGAACUGGAAAGUAAUAUAGAGAAGAAAUACGAAAAGAAAAAACUCACUCGUACAUUUAAAUCAUUUUCUACUAGUUCAAUUGAAACAGAGAAUGAGAAAAAAUCAACAAAGGAUCUUUUUUAUCUGAAUCGUUUUAAAAACACUCAAGGAGACUUUCUAACCAAGGAGUUUUUAAAUUCAUACAAACAAGCUAUCCAACAGGAUAAAGAACCAUAUAAAAUUAUAAAAAUUAAAAACAGAGUCCAAAAACAUGAUGAUGCUGAUAAUGUGGACAAUGAUGUUUUUGAAUCCCCACCAAAGCAAGAUAUUGAUGACUCUGCAUUUCCAACAUUGAUCGGAGGUAGAGUUUCCACGCCCAUGUCAAAAAUGUCGUACAGUAAUGCAUUGAAAAAAGCUGCUACACAGUCAAACUCCCAGAAGUUUAAUUCCAAGCAGCUGUCUGAGGAAGAGAUUAGAGCUAUCCGCAAAAAACGAAAGACUGAAAAACGGAAAGAAAAAGUUAAGCUGAAGAAAGAGCAAAAACGAAAAGAGCGCGAAGAGUUGAAAUUGACUUCUCCAUCUCAGGGGUCAUCAGAAAAAAAGUCCGAGCAAGAAAUAAAACUUGACAUUAGUGACAUGUUUGAUCAAUUACUGUUGAGUCCUAACAAAUCUAAAAAAGCAAAGAAUCAAAAACAGAAAAGAACUAUUAUUUCUACUGGUGUUAUAUCUGUUGUGAGCGGGCUGGCAAAGAAAAACACACCUGAUGGAAGAAGAAAAAAGACUGCUAGUGUACCUACAAUUUUGGAUGGUUCAACAUUGAUACGAAAACGUGGCAAAGAAAGAGAAACACCGAAGAGAAAGAAACCUACGCUUUUAAAGAAGAUAAUAAAAGCAGAAAGAGAAAGAAAAAAAAGAUUGAAUGAAAAAAAUAAUGUCACAAAUGAGGAAAAGCAUAGCGAUGAAAAAGUAGCAACCGACGCUGUGCCGUUUGAAGAACAACCAACAGUAGAUGAUAAAACUGAAAACCAGAAGUGCAAUGACAGCCAUGAAGAAAAACGCAUUCCAACAUUGAACAACCUGCCAGAACAUAUUUCGAAAAAAUUGCAUUCAAGAAAAUUUCGAGAGUACUGUAACCACGUACUUUCUAAAGAAAUCAAUAGAAUCACUGGAAAUUUAUUAAUGACGUUGCAAAAGUUUCAAGAUCGUGUAUAUCAUGAGACUCCACACAAAUUUAAGCAAAAGCGAAGAUUCGUGUUGGGUUUGCGCGAAGUCUUAAAACAUUUAAAGUUGAAGAGACUAAAAGCUAUUGUCAUAGCGCCGAAUUUGGAAAGAAUCGCAUCCGAAGGCGGAUUAGAUGACUAUCUGACGUCAAUUCUCUCUCUAUGUAAUGUUCAUGGUAUCCCACAGAUCUUUGCAAUGAACCGUCAUACACUAGGGCGGACGGUGAAAAAAAAAGCGCCUGUUAGCGUGAUUGGAAUAUUUAAUUAUGAUGGUGCCCAAGAUAUUUUUAAAGAGUUAAUGGAGCAUGUUCACACUGCUCAAGAGACAUAUAAUAAGAAAGUUAAUGAACUAAUGGAGAGUGAGUUUGGCCAGAUACCGAACAUAUCGUUGACAACUGAAAAUGAUUUGGAAGUUGAAGAUAUUGAAAAUACGCAACCUCGUAUUGAAACUGAGACUGAAAGAAUAAAGAAUCAAAUAUUAAGAAACUUUAGUGCCGACGAAUUCAGGAUAGUGACGAACCAACAUUGGGCGAACAGUCCUGAGGGAUACCAGCGGUAGCAGUGGUAGUGUUUUUAUGUAGUAAUUUUAUAUAGAUUUCUGUUUAAAGAAAACUUGGUGUAGGGUCUUAUAUAGUAUCUGUAAGUCUUAUAUCAUGUCUAUAAUUCUUAUAUAGUAUUGAGUCUUCUAUAGGAUCUAUUAUUCUUAUAUAGUAUUGAGUCUUCUAUAGGAUCUAUAAUUCUUAUAUAGUAUUAAGUCUUCUAUAGUAUCUGUAAAUCUUUUAUCGUGUCUAUAAUUCUUAUAUAAUAUUAAGUCUUAUAUAAGAUCUACAAGUCUUAUAAUCGUGUCUAUAAUUCUUAUAUAGUAUUGAGUCUUCUAUAGUAUCUAUUCGUUGUGUUACGUAUCCACCGAUCUGUUGUUGUGUUAUUACGUAUUUGUUGAACCUUGGGAGGUAAAAAUAUCCUAGGUUGUACCGUCGUGCUCUUUCACGGAUGACAGCUUGUUACAGAUGGACUCGCACCUUAUACAUGUGUUAUAAACAGAGUUUGGUGUAGCUUAAUAUUAUUUUUCUUGUAGAUAUAUUUUUUUUAAUUAGAUUUAUUGUAAUGAAUAAUUUAAUAGAAUAUUGGUGGCAUUUCAUUUGAA